AUGGUACUGACGUCAGGGCGGGCGAAAUUCAAAAUGGCGACAUUUCAGAGGCGGCGAAAAAAGAGCAGCUCCGAGGCUCAACGGUGUAGCGUGAAGAUAGACGGGCUUGUUGCACCACAGGUUUGCUGUCGUCUGACGUCUGAACUUUUAAAGUAUCUCCUGUACGAGAGACAACAGAUACCGCUGCCGUACGAGCAAAUUAAAUUCGAUCUCAACAGAGACGAAACCGCCAGGCAGGAUACAAAGGGUAAAGGAAUAACGCCUAAACUCAAAAGGUCCAAGUCACUGUUUCCUUCAAGUGAAAGAAAGCGCUGCAAGCAUGUUGUGGACUGCAUGGAGGAGCUUCUACCCCACCUGGAGGACCUCUUCUCCCUCACAUUUGUCCCUCAGGUCCUUAUCCUUAUUGGUGCAACAGCAGUCAGUCCAAAGGAUGCAUACAUCCUCAACUUUACUGAUGCAUUGACAACAUCCAAGGAAAACAGCCUGAGUGCCAAAAGUUGUAUCAGGAGCCUUCUCAGGGAAAUGGUCACCAAAGACUUUCUGCCGAUAUCCUCCAUGCCUCCCAUUACUAACACCCUCCUGCUAGUAAAGGCACACAGAGACUGUGGGCUGGACUGGUUUGUGCCAAAGCUGACGUACAAGCUGGGCUCCCGAGGACAACAGUACGACAUCAGCCUUGUUGGAACAGCACACCCAGGAUUGGAGCAGGUCCAUGUUGAAGAGCAGGGGCCGAAGGAUGACUACAUCUGGUACCAAGCCCCUAUUUCUAUCAAGGGCUACAAGGAGAAAAGUGUUAGAGCUGCUAAGCCUGAAGAUAUAUGGAUUUGAUAUGGACUUAACCAACUUACAAUGCAAUAUCAUGUUCAACACCAGUGACAGCAAAAUCCUGUGUGAGUUUGAGUGGCUAUCUAGCUAAGUUUUGUACUCUGUCAAUAGGGUAAAAUGAAGUGGCUAUUAUUUUGGGCCACCUCGAAGAAAAAAUUCCUAUGCUAUAAGUUUCUUCACUUUUUGUCUAAUUUGUCUACUUUACUUUUUGCUUGAUGAAUGUAGCAUGUGUGAGACAGUGUGGCACAUUUUGUGCUUUUUACUGAAGUACAUGUAUGUCAACUCUGCUGUAUCAAACAGUAUAUUUGUUGCAUCAAUGUUAUUGUACAUGGGUUCUAUGCAUUCAGAAUGAUAAGUACUGUUUGAUGUUACAAAAUAUCUUCUGAAAGGUUAGUAGAUGUUUGGUGAAACCGCAUGUUUUGUCAUGGAGUUUCUUGUUUUGAUGCCUUGGCUGUUACUGGAAGUCUUUUUGUAAAUUUGUGGCUGUUUUAUGAUUUGUAUCCUUGUGUUGGCAGCCUAUAUUCAAGUACAUGUACACUGUACUUUGUUGUCUGAACACAAACCUAUUGCCUUCUUUAUCUGACUCUGAUGCUUGUCAAAGAAUUUUUUGCUGUAUCUAAAACUACAUGUAGUAUAUAAGGGUUAGUAAGUUAGUAGUUAGCAUUAUUUUAAGAUAAUUUGUGGAAUUAUGCCUUCACAUCAUAUUCCAAUAAUAUUUUAACUACUGUUAGUACGUACAUGUGAAUGCUUUUCUGUACUUGUUUUUGUAACUUGCAAAAUGGAAAGGUCUUUGUAAUUUGGAGUAUAUGGCAGGUUUAAUUAAUGGAGAAAACAAUCUUUAGACGAUGAAAGCACUGAUGCCUACCGUAGUAUGUUUUUGCUUUCUUUUAUGGUGUAGCAUUCAUCCAUGUUCAACUUUAUUUCAGUGUGCUUGAAAGAAGACAUGACUUAACCUGUAGUCUACGUAAGCUUUCAUUACUAUUUUACACACAAUGUAAUUUCAAAUCACAUCUUCUAACACAAUACUCAGGAUAAUCAGUGUAUGUUCACAGUGUAUUUUUGUGAGUUUUUGCAAUGUCCUUCGCUGUUGAUGUACUAUUGCUGCUAUUGCUGAUGGGUGUACCAAGCCCUGAAUGAUCAUUGUACCAGACAUGCCUACAUAUCACCUGUAUUACACCUAGUUGUAAUAUACUAGCGUUUGCUGAGUUUGGAAUAAACACAACAUGGGGGU